GGCCGAUGUUUUGGAUUCCUGUACUUGUUCCCAGGCAACAAGGGAAACAAGGGAAAGUGAAAGUCCCCGGUCCCCUGGGAAACGGCCUUCAUCUGAUGGGGAGUUUUCAAGAGAAGCUAGAUUAGGCUUGAAAACCAAGGGAGUGAAGAGUAUACUAAUUAGAAGCUCUGAGAGAAUCUGUGAGAAGACCUUGAAGCGCAGUGCUUCCAGAUUAAUUACAACAGGAUAUCAUCUUGAUCCAUUUGUGCUACUGUUGCUUCUAUCAAGGGCUUAAAAACAGGGCCUUCGACCAAAGCCUUCACCAAAGACUGGGGCGCUAAAACAAUUCUGCCGAGUCCUUUUGAAAACAGCUGACAGCAGGGGAUAAUGUGCUGACUGGCGCUAUGGGCAGGCGAUACCCAGGGGCUCACUAUCGUCAAAGCAAUUCAUUUGACUCUGGUGUGGAAACCUUGGCAGGGUUUAUGGCAAGCAACAGCACAACUGACAUUGUGAAUCGGAACGGUCCUGCCACUCCACCCAACACCCUUCACUUACGCUCCUCGCACAACGAACUCUUGAAUGCUGAAAUCAAGCACACGGAAGUCAAGAGCAGCACCCCUCCAAAGUGCCGAAAAAAAUAUGCACUGACUAACAUCCAGACAGCAAUGGGUCUUUCUGAUCCUGCUGCACAGCCCCUCCUGGGCAACAAUUCCUCCAACAUCAAGCUAGUAAAGAAUGGAGAGAACCAGCUGAGGAAGGCAGCGGAGCAGGAUCCCAAUAAAAACCCGACUGUUCCAACAACUGCUGCAGGUAUAAACAUAACCUCUGAGAAGUUGGAGGGGAAAGAGCCAAACCAACAGGAUUCCUCUGGCAGUGAAAUCCUGCCAUCACAACGCCGGAGGACCAAGAGCUUCCUAAAUUACUAUGCAGACCUCGAAACAUCCACGAGAGACGUUGAUCAGAGUUAUGGAAACAGCCAGGUGGGAGAGGAGGAGAAACUGUCUUCACAGUGCAACAGUCAAGCAUCCACUGUGAUUGUUAAUGGGGAUGCCCUGACACGGAAAGCCAACAAGCCAACUAGUCCUGAAGAUGGACAGGUAGCAACCAUAUCAUCAAGUCCAGAGACAAAAAAGGAUCACCCUAAAACUGGCGCAAAGACUGAUUGUGCACUACACCGAAUUCAGAACCUAGCUCCAAGCGAUGAAGACUCCAGUUGGACAACAUUGUCACAGGAUAGUGCUUCCCCGAGUUCACCCGAUGAAACAGAUAUAUGGAGUGAUCAUUCAUUUCAGACAGACCCCGACCUACCUCCAGGCUGGAAAAAGAUCAGCGAUGUUGCUGGGAUCUAUUAUUGGCACAUACCAACAGGAACAACACAGUGGGAGCGUCCAGUAUCAAUACCAACAGAUCUUCAGGGAUCACGCAAAGGAUCACUCAGUUCUAUCACAUCAUCUCCCACCCCUGAAACUGAGAAACAGCCUUGGAGUGAUUUUGCUGUGCUGAAUGGGGGAAAGAUUAAUAGUGACAUUUGGAAGGAUCUCCAUGCAGCGACAGUAAAUCCAGACCCCAGUUUAAAAGAAUUUGAAGGAGCAACAUUGCGCUAUGCCUCUUUAAAGCUAAGAAAUGCCCCUCAGUGCGAUGAAGACGAUUCCUGCAGCAUCAACAGUGAUCCAGAAGCCAAGUGCUUCGCUGUCCGUUCUUUAGGAUGGGUAGAAAUGGCAGAGGAAGAUUUGGCUCCUGGAAAAAGCAGUGUUGCUGUAAACAAUUGCAUCCGACAGCUUUCUUAUUGUAAAAACGAUAUACGAGACACUGUUGGCAUUUGGGGAGAGGGGAAAGACAUGUAUCUUAUCUUGGAGAAUAACAUGUUAAAUUUGGUUGACCCCAUGGAUCGCAGUAUUCUACAUUCUCAGCCCAUUGUGAGCAUCCGGGUCUGGGGAGUAGGUCGUGACAAUGGCCGGGACUUUGCAUACGUAGCAAGAGAUAGAGAGACAAGGAUUUUGAAAUGUCACGUGUUUCGAUGUGACACGCCAGCAAAAGCCAUCGCCACAAGCCUGCACGAAAUCUGUUCUAAGAUUAUGGCUGAACGGAAGAAUGCCAAAGCUGUGGCUUGCAGCUCCUUACAAGACCGGACAAAUGUUACCCUUGAAGUUCCUUUGCAAGUAGAUUUCCCAACGCCAAAGACUGAACUGGUGCAGAAAUUUCAUGUACAGUAUUUGGGCAUGUUACCUGUAGCUAGGCCAGUGGGGAUGGACACGCUAAAUAGUGCUGUCGAGAGUCUGAUGGCUUCCUCUGGUAGAGAAGACUGGAUGCCUGUCACCAUGAAUGUUGCCGAUGCUACAGUGACAGUUAUCAGCGAAGGAAAUGAAGAGGAGAUCAUGGUGGAGUGUCGUGUCCGGUUCUUGUCUUUUAUGGGCGUGGGGAGAGAUUCCCAUACAUUUGCCUUCAUUAUGGAUGCAGGAAACCAGCAUUUUGAGUGCCAUGUUUUCUGGUGUGAGCCCAAUGCAGGCAAUGUGUCAGAAGCUGUUCAGGCUGCUUGUAUGCUGCGGUAUCAGAAGUGCUUGGUAGCCCGACCCCCUUCACAAAAAGUCCGGCCACCACCACCUCCUCCUGCAGACUCAAUGACCAGAAGAGUCACGACUAAUGUAAAACGAGGAGUAUUGUCCCUCAUUGACACUUUGAAACAGAAACGCCCCGUAUCCGACACGCCAUAGAAAUCCUGUGGGAGAAUAAGAUCUGGCAGAACAUCUGACAGAGAAGAUACAGCAGCCACAUUAAAAGAGAUGAACUGAGUUUUGGCCUUCCAGUUGAAAUUGGUAAUGCUUUGUCUUUGGAGAAUUUACCCUUAUCGAAAUAAUAUUAGACAAGCAUGUUCUCUCGUCCUUACCACCAUCACGUGAUAUGAAAAGAAGCAUGAGUAAUUUUUUUUUUUGCUGUGAGAAACGGAAGGUCUGUUUUUCCGAUUGUAAAUAUGAUGAACGUUAGCUACAUUCACACAUAAUACACAAGAAAGGAAUACAGCACGCCACUCCUAAUCUCUGGAGAGAACCAGGCCCAGAUUGGUACUCGUCCCCAUCCUGAGAUGGAUUUGUCACAGACUGUCCUUAAAUCCUGCAGCACUUUGCCCUCGUUUUUAACACUGACAUGUCACCCUGAUGUUACUAUAUUUUUUUCUUUUUACAAGCCGUAUUCAUUAACCAACCUUCCAUCUUGUGCACUAUAGUAGAUUAAUAUUUUAAAUCUUUUGUCUUCAAGUCGGGUACAGUUCAGCAUGACAAGUUUGCUAUACAAUUAGCACCUCUUUCUAGGAAAGAGUGAGCAAACAGUUUUAUAACAACGUCUGACAAUCACAGGCAUGUCUGUCUCACGGCAUAUACUAAUAGCCAUCCCCUCCUGGCACACACAUAUACACAGCAAAACAGUUCUGCAAUAUUGUCACACGUUGUUAUGCACAUGUAGGGUUUUUGCUUUUGCUUUUUCACGCAUGGUAGUGCCAUCCAUGUGAGAAACGCAUCAUCUUUGAAGUGGCCUUCAGUCUCAAAUUGUAUUUCUUGAAAUACUAAACCACCUUUAAAAAGCUCAGAAGACAGUCUCAGAGGAUGUGUUGGCUUUUCUUUGUUAAAUCAGCAUAACUCCAAUCACAGCUCAAGUGCCCCAUACAUUUUCAUAGUUGCUGGUCAUAGCCUGCAGUCAUUACAAAAUAAUCCGGACAGGUGCAUUAAAAGCAUUAAUUGGGUAGUUUUAGAAUUUCAGUAUAUCUAUAAUGGAAAGGGGUUGCAGUGGCAGUUAAACCGCUGAGCUGUGGAACUUACUGACCGAAAGGUCAGUGGUUUGAAUCUGCAGAGAGGGGUGAGCUCCUGUCGUUAGCCCCAGCAUCUGCCUACCUAGCAGUUCAAAAACAUGCAAAUGUGAGUAGAUCAAUAAGUACUACUCCAGUGGGAAGGUGACGGUGUUUCAUGCAGUCAUGCCGGCCACAUGACCUAGGUGUCUACUGACAAUGUCAACUCUUCGGCUUAGAAAUGGAGAUGAGCACCAAUCCCCAGUGUCGGACUCGACUAGACUUAAUGUCAAGAGGAAACCUUUACCUUUAGAGUUGAAUUUCAGUAACAUAGGAUGAGGGAAAAAAGUCAAUGAUAAAAGUCCGGACUAUAAACAGUGAUUCUUACCAUUAAUGGAAGAGUGUCCACGUUAGUUUUAUGGCACACAUAAAUGGCAUUUUGCUGGGAAAAGCCUCUUCUUAUAUGCAACCUUCUGAAGAGCUGUUUUACAGUGAGCUUCAGGUUAGAAAAUGCAUAUUCUCUAACAGUUCUUGCAUGAAAUACAAACUGAUGAUAGCAUUGGUCCUCAAAAAUUCAGAAUAAAAUUUCUUAUCCUGUAGUAGCCAUGACCAUGGCACCUAACAUCUAUGAGCACCUUAUACUAUAUGCUAUUUAAGGUUAUUCUUUUUUAAUGUAUACAGUACCAUGGUUAAUGACUCAAAAUAUGUAGCACAAGUUCAUCCGCACAACUGCCAAAGGAAAAGCCUUCAAGCCCCAUUUAUGCCAUGGCGAGUCAUAACUUGGUGCAAAAACAGAAGCGGUGACAGUUCAUGCAGAGUCCCAGCCUGGAGAGAGCAAAUGGAGAGGGCAGGGAAUCCAGUCUGGAUUUUUCUUAUAGCACAUAACACCUUUUAAGAAGAAAGGGAUUAUUCCCACAAACGUCUACUUGGAUGAAGCCUCUAGUCUUGUCAACUUCCUACUGUCAAAUUGGGUAAAUUGGAUCUCAUCCAUUCCUAAUUUAUGUACAAAAAUCUUUGAGGUGAAGAGAGGGGAAAGCCCCUGAGCCCAAGCCUCAUCUUCUGUCCUGUCACAUACUCAACACAAGCAUUUUAUUUUCUGUUUCUCAAAAUGCCAGAAGGCUAAAGCCCAGAAGAUGCUCCUCCCCAACUGUCAGGUAUCAUUUGUUGUUUUCCAUGGCCAUACAGUACAUUAUAUAGAGAUAACUUUGACUAAAGAUAGAUUCUGGCUAUCCCUGAAAUGUAAUGGUGCUGUGUGCAAGAAUUCAUAGUUUAUUCAACAGUGAAUCCUACAAUGAUGGAACAAAACAUGUCAUUCAGUCAGUCAGCAAGGCCCACAACAACACAGCUGGAUCCAAAGCAUCUAGGUCAGUGGUUCUCAACCUGGGAUCCCCAGAUGUUUUUGGCCUUCAAUUCCCAGAAAUCCUAACAGUGGGUAAACUGGCUGGGAUUUCUGGGAGUUGUAGGUCAAAAACAUCAGAGGACCCCAGGUUGAGAACCAUUGAUCUAGAUUUUGAUGCAGAUAUUCUCCUUGACAGAGCAGUCACUAUAAUAUACUUGUAAUUAAGAUAAAUUAUGAAGACUGAAAAUACCAGUAUUGUAUUUAUUUUUAUGUUCUUUAUCAUUUCCCUAUGUACUCAUUUCAAACUAUAACAUGAUUUCCUGUUCAAGCCCAUAUUGCCUACUGCAGAAAGGCUAUUUCCUACUGCACAUUUCCUCUCACCAUGUCCAGAUGCAUAUUACAAUAUUGUCUGGUGAGACAUUAAGCCAGGAAUCAGCCUAUUGGGGCUUUCCUCACCUUGGUGCACCUAUGAUAUUUUGGACUGCACUUCCUAUCAUCUGUUAAACAGAGCUAGUGGCCAUGAAGUUGCAGUCGACAGCAUAGGAGGGUAUCACAAUGAAAUUCUGUUGGAUAGCAUCCCCAAAUAGUCAUAGCACAAAGGAUUACACUAAAUGCUGCAUUUUAAAAUUCCAGCAAUAACCCUUCUUUUAAAAUUAUGUCUUGCCUGAAUAAUAGCUGCCAUCCUGUUGGUGAAUUGUGAUAGCAUACAUUGGUUGUUGAGAGAUUGGAUUCACAAUGAUCAAAUGACACCCUUCUGAAUUUGACGCUUUUCUGGUCCGUGAAUAGAGGAGCAGCACAAACUUCAGCCAUUAUUCUGUUGCUAGAAGUAGAAUAAUAAUCUUAUCUGCAGGGAUUCCCCAUAAGUCCCAGAAGAUGCCUUUUGCUGUGUGUCCACUAUAGUAAAAUGGCUGGAGACUUGUCUGCCCAUCUCCAUAAACUAGGAAAGCUCCAGAUUUCUGCUGGGGCUGCUGCUUAGGAAUGGUGGGUUGGAGACAGUUGACAGAAGGGAGAUUGCCUUAUCUUAUUUCCCAAUGCAGGAUUUCAUCCAUUCAUGAAACAUGGAGAAAAAAAGGGAGGAUGCCAAAAAAUAACAUGAAACACAAUCUGGGGACAAUGUUUCCUUCUUGGUGUUGUCUUGGUUUCAUUUUACUCUACAAUGUGGGAGGAAAAAUCAGAACAAAUGUGUAUUUUCAUGAGUAUAUUCCCUAGACAGAUUGGGCAAGAGUUUCAUGUGAAUUGUUUCUGAGAAUGUGCAAAAUAUAAACAAUGUUGAGGCUAAACUUAAGCAAAUGAGAACAGUAAGGAGUGGAAAGGCCAAUGCAAAGUGCUGAGAAAGCAUCUCAGCAACUAGAAGCCCUUCUGUUUUCUGACAUCCCAGGAAGGCGGUCUUCUUUUUCACUGUUAUUCUAAGGAGCAGUUGCUGCCAAGUCAAUAACUGGGCUUAAUUUUUCAUUUCCAUAGGCAACGUAACACUGCUUUAUAUGUGCAUGAUCUAUCACUUGAUGACCGGAGCAUCAAGGAGUGACUUGCAUGCAUGGGUGUACUGCAGUACGCAUACCCCUUUCAUUUCAUUUCAUAUGAGUUCCUUUUCAGCAGUCAGUUCAGGCAUUCAGCUGCAGAUCGGCAAAUGUGGAACCAUCAUGCAUAUGUGUGUGACCUAGCCCACAGUGUUUUAAGUUUAAGAUCUACAUGCAAUCUAAGAUCUAAGAAAACAUGUAAUGAUGGUGGUCUUCAUGUUGUCGAAGGCUUUCAUGGCCAGAAUCAGUGAGUUGCCGUGAGUUUUCCGGGCUGUAUGGCCAUGUUCCAGAAGCAUUCUCUCCUGAUGUUUCACCCACAUCUAUGGCAGGCAUCCUCAGAGGUUGUGAGGUCUGUUGGAAACUAGACACGUGAGGUUAUAUAUCUGUGGAAUGUCUAGGGUGGGACAUCUGUUUGAGGCAGGCAUGAAUGUUGCAAUUGACCACCUUGAUUAGCAUUGAAUGGUCUUGCAGCUUCAAAACCUGGCUGCUUCCUGCUUGGGGGAAUCCUUGCAUAGUUUCCAACAGACCUCACAACCUCUGAGGAUGCCUGCCAUAGAUGUGGCUGAAAUGUCAGGAAAAAAUGCUUCUGGAACAUGGCCAUACAGCCCAGAAAACUCACAGCAACCCAAUGACAGUCUUCCUCCAAGAGGUAUAUCACACUGGGCAAUAAGAACAGAAGUGUUCCUGCGCAUAGGAUACACAAAUCUCUUUCAAUUUAAAGAUGCCCUUUUAAUUUUCUAAUGAACUGACAUCGCCACCUAUGCAAAGUCAGCAUAAGAGGAGUUUAUCUUCUGCACCAGAAAAGUAUAUCUGAGAAAUGCAGUUGCAGAAAUGACAAGUCAAGGACACAGUUCUUUUCAAGUGGACAAAAGUUUAGGUCUCCCUUAGCCAAGUACUUCCAAUCUCAGUUCUCCCCGUUUUCAGAAACUGCAUGUUGAUUAUUGGCAACUAUAAUUUACAAAAGGUGUUUGUGGGGGGGAAAGCCAGUAAAAGCUACAUUUUAAAGAAAGCAUUACUCUGUCCUGUAAUUUUAGCAACUAAAAACUCAGUUCACACAAGAAACCUUAAUUCAUUUAUAUUGAAUUGAUUCUUUUUUCCUGGAUAAACCUCUUCCCACUGAGCAGGAAAUAAAAAGAGGGCUAUCUAUGGCUGAUUAAAACAUUGAGAAGGCAAACCAUCUUUUUUUCAAGGAAUUGCUGAAUUCUUGUUGAUCUCUGAUAAAGCUUUGAUUUUCUAUGUUCAGUGGCACUAGCUGAGUGUGGCAUCUCCAUUUUCUUGCAAGUAAGAUUUUUUUUAUUCAUAUCCCGGACAGUUUUUAUCUGAACCUUGUUUAUGGAUUCUCCAGGUACAGAGGCAGUACAUCUCUCUAUGAAUGUGAGUGGACAAACCAUAGGGAAAGCCCUUGUCUUUAUGCUCUGCUUUCUGAGCUUCCAAAGGCUGGAAACAGAACGAUGGACUAUCUGAAGCUUGGUCUAAUCCAGCACAGUAGUUAUCACGAAAACACACAAGCAUUUUUUUUGUACCAUGGCCAAAAUGUAUGUAUGGGUUGAGUGUGAACAAAUGCCAAUGACGUUACUCAAUGUGAUAGUGACACUUCUGUUAUCUAUGCAUUCUUUAUAUCUCGCAAGGCAGCCAUGUUCACUAUGCCUUGGAUAUUUCAUGUCUUUUUUUGAUUAACCUGUUAAAUACAGCUUAAAUAUUUUAUUUUAUUUAUUCUAUUUUUACUGAAAUAUUCAAUUAUGUUGACAUAUCUUUAUGACUGGGUGUAAACUCGCAGAUAUAUCCAGUGCUAAGUAAUCUCAGUGUACUAUAGGUUGCCAAAAGACAAGAGGAUUUUUUGUAAUUAUUUGUAGUCACCUUUUUAAUUAUGUAGAAGUAAACAGCGAAAUAACGUGUAAAGCUAACUUCUAUUAUUUUUUAAAACACAUAAAGCAAGUUAGAUGCUGCUCUCACAGACCAUGUAUUCUCAUUCAUGUACUUCAUUGAGGGAGGGAAGGAGACGGUCAACCACACUCAUUGUGUAACGGGAUAAAUAAAUGCCUUUCUUCCUCCCUCUCUCAAUCCACAGCAGUUCUUGGAUGCUAUUUGUUACUUUGAUACAAACCAAGUACUGUUUCUUUAAAUAUGUUCCCCAUAAAGAUAACCACCUACAAGAGGAAAGAAUUUGCAUGGAAUGGUAUCAACCCUACUUCUGUUACAAAGAGUUCUGAGCGAUAAACUUUGUCCACAGUCCUACCCUACUUUAAAGGAGAUGGAAAAGGCCUUUCAUAUUUGAGUGGAAAUUGAAAUGGCAAAGAUUGCACUAUUUACUAACUCUUGAGAACGUUAAUAUUUUAAAAGAAAUGAAACCUGGGUAGUAAACAUCACAUGUGGAAGUAAAGUGCUAUUUUUACUGCAUUAGCUCUUCACUCAGUCUUUAGGGCUCUGGUAUGACCAUCAUCCACUCCUAUCUUUGACAAGCAUUGUUACUCUUGAGUGAGAGAUGUGUGAAUGAGCAGAAGCAGGUCAGAUGUAUUUUAUUACCUGCACAAAACCAAGGGGGAAAUGCACAGAGUUUAUCAGGAGGAGCUCUCGGUAUUAUGUGAAGUAGUUGAUUUGAAAAAGAGAAGUUUUUUUCCAGUAUUGUCCACUUUUUACACAUUUAAAUGUAAUCCAUUGCAAGAAUAAAUUUAGCUGCAUUAAGAA